GGAUAAAUAUAGAACAGAUCAAUAGGGCGAGAAUCCCUCAGCUGGAACGAGACUACCUCGUGGGGUCAAUUUCAUUGCGCUUACUAUAGCUAGUCAGCUGGUGGCUUGGGUUAGCCUAUUUUUAUCACAGUCGCCAAUGCUUUCUUUCAACAGGUACACACAUUUUGUCUGAGGGUCGGGUACCGACACGUAUACGUAUGGUGACCAGUUGGACUUGUAUCGACAUUCAAGUGACCCACUGGACAUUCCUUUAUGUGUACAGAUGACCGUUGAGGAUUUGUUUUCGCUGUGAAUGGACACUCUUGUUCAUGUAUGAGUGACACAUGGAUCAAUACCAUAUACCUCAUGUUACCACACAUGGAAGUGUAGACGUACGUCGGUGGUCAGACGACAGGAUACAUCUUAAAGAAGCGGUGAUGAGGGGGUAAUAACGACAGGAUGGCUGAGAAAGUCUGAAGACAGCAUGCUGGUGACAUCUCCGUCCAGUUGAGAUCUAGAUCGUUGACAUACAGAUGAGACCGCCGAUCAAUGAAUGUUAACACAAAUAACGUGAGACAAGGAGAGUUUUAUUCACCGAGUGACAACAUGGAUCAGGCGUAUAAUUUCACCAUAUACGCCAUGUCUGUGAUGGGCUUUGUGCCAAAGUUGCUUCGUUCUCGACUCACCUUUUUAACCGUGGUCAUGUUUGUUGGGAUAUGUGUUCUGUAUACCAUCGACAAUUUUGACGUAACGUACAGGUAUGAAGAAAACCAUAACAUGGAGUCGUUGAUUAAUGGUCCAAGAAGGUCGUUCUUUGGGCUACAUGUGGAUGUCCUUAAAAUAGUCAACAGGAAAUUUCUUAAUUCUACAACCCAAGUAGAGGAUAUUGCAAUAGUUAAUCCUCACCCUUUCCGAUAUAUAAACAAUCCUGGUCACUGUCGGUAUAGGAACAAGGGUAUUCGUACAAUAUUGAUCGUCGUGAAAUCUACCGUACGUAAUGUUUUACUGAGACGUUCUAUAAGGAAAACAUGGGGCAAUGUUAGUGACGAAAACGUCAAAAUAGUGUUUAUGUUAGGACGUAACAGCUCUCGAUACUUUCAACAAGACACUAUCGACACAGAGGCCGCCACGUACAAAGACAUUAUCCAGGAGGACUUUAUAGAUGCUUAUUUCAACAACACAUUAAAAUCCAUCAUGUCGUUUAACUGGGCAGCUCAGUACUGCGAAGAUGCUCAAUUUCUUUUGUUUGUGGACGACGACUUUCUCAUUGACUUCCCAAAAAUUCAGCGUUACAUCUAUUCUAUUCCGGAGACUGAUGUUGCGACACUUUUUACAGGCCAUCGAAUAGCUCAGCCGGUUGUGAGAGAUCGAGAGUCCAAAUGGUACUUGUCAUGGGAAGCAUUCCCUUACAAAUAUUGGCCUCCAUAUCUAGCAGGCGGUGCUUAUCUCACCAGUAUGCCAGUUGCAAAGAAAUUUAGUUAUGCUUUCCCGUAUAUAGAUAUUUUAGGCAUAGAUGACGCGUGGCUGGGUAUUGUCGCUAGGAACUUGCGGAUCUAUCCACAAGAUCAUCAUUUCUUUCAUAACAACGGCAGAUACUCCCAUUUAGCUCUUGUCUACCAAUGUUGUCAUACUGAAAAGGAGAUGAUAGAUACUUGGUGGCAAUAUAAACACAACACAAACUUCCGAUUCGGGACUUUGUAACUGGGCGAAAAAUUACUCAAUUCAAAACUUUCACCCAUUCAUCAUUUAAUUGUGUUUUUGAGAUAAACAUGUGCAUUCUGUGUUCAAGAACAAUUCUUAUGGAGAUGCUAGAUGCUAAAUCAUCAGCAGAUAUUCAUUAUAUGGAUUGUGUACAUAACGCGUUUAACAGUAAUAGUAUUGUAUUUUGAUUAUAUAAGCAUUAUAGUGUCUUCAUGUGGUAUAAAUGGUCGAUUUAAAUGCCUGAGCUUUAAUUUACAGACAAACCUUAUAUAGCGCACAUAUUAUACAUGUAGUAUUACCUAUUUCCGUAAUUCUCGUUGCUUCUCGUCCAGUUCCGUUGGGAACCAAAAAAUAUAUAUAUUUAGAACCCAUCCACAGAUUAUGUUGAUAAAUACAGUAUGAUAUUAUAGCAUCAAGCUCUACAUCUGGUCACGAUCUGGUAGUCAGUAUUCUGGGGGUUAAAGUUUUGCAUGGGAUACAUUGUUACUGUGAUUUUAUAGAUUUGAUAAUGUCUUCCACCAGAUGACAUACCGAUAUUCUGUUCAAAUCGACCUUCGUCAGUCCGUCUCUUGUCUGUCUGCACCCAUCAAAUUAUACUUGUGGGGUGAAUUCACGGUUCAUUCUGUAAAAAUCAAUUGCUUCCUUGACUUCACCAGUUCCACCUUGGUUCGUUACUCCCGCAUUAAAUCUCAGUGCAUUUUAGGUACGGAAAUCGAUCAUAUUACUGUGCAUUAUUCUCUAAUAUGGACAAAAAUUGCACCCCACAAGUCACAUUCCGCCAGCUGUGCAACUGUCCUUCCACCCUUAAAACAUUACCUUUGCUCUGAAAGUUUGAAAUGGAGGAACAUUGGUAAACAAAUUCCUGUAAAUAAUAGGAUUAACUUCCAAAAUAGUUGUAGUUUUUUUGGUUAUUUUGGGGUAACUAUAUACCAUUGUAAUUGGGUAUUGUAACAACCACUUCAUCAAAUACAUUGUAUCCAAUUUACCCAAGUACAAUAAAACUAGAAAAUUAAGUUUCAAAUAGAUUGAUUCUAGUCAUGUUCUCAAUGUUCAAAACUUAGUAUCACUUUUUUUUUAAAUUCACUUAUUACGUUAUUAAGAAGAUUAGAACAUGACUUUGUCACAAAUAUUGACGAUGGGGUUCAUUUGUAUGACAUGUUUUAAUUUAACUCAUUUUGUGGUUUAUGAUAGAUACGUAGGGGAAAAUGCUGAAACAUAUUCAAAUUAUCAUUUUGUCUAUUUAUUUCAUAUACUGUGUGAAAGGUGAUUAUUUAUUUUGUAAAAUUGUGUGUUAAUUGACUGUUUUAAAGCGACUAUUUACUGUAGAUUUCAUAAUCAUUAAACGGUGAUUUCUGCAUUCCUUGAAUACACAAGCCUACACCGUAAACAUGUUCUAUAAAUAUAUACUUCGAUUGAUGCAUGUAAACAAUGCUACCUGGAGAAAGCCGGAUGGAGUCACGUGGGUACAGGUGGUGAGUCCGUACACCGUCUGCU